GGCUGAACGGUGAGUACCCAUUAAAAAUACAUUGAAAUAAAUUAUACCUAUUUAGAUUAAUAAAAUGCUAUGUAUGUUAUUUAUAGAGAGAAAUUAAAAUUUCAAAUGUUGAAAACUUUUGAUUUGACAGAAAAUGUGCUAGAGUUGUUUUUGAGCAAGAAGUUAACUCAAAUGAAAAUAAUUACACAUAACAAUAAUGUUGUCAAAUUGUAUUGUGCCCAAGACAUUGCUAUUGUAUUUGAAUCUAAAGGGAAAUUGUAUCCUACAGUGUUCAUGGUUUUGAUAUAUUCUCAAAUUGUCCCUAGAUUAAUAAUAAAUGAAAAUACUAAACCCAAUUUUCAUGAUUCUGUUGAAAUUAAGUAUAGUAAUAUAUUUUGUGAAGAAAAUAAUGAACUUUUGACAUUGUUGUCUAUUGAUCAGUGUGUUAGUGUUUAUUCUACCUUAAGUAAAAAAAUUAUUGGUGUAGGUCACAAGAAUGUGAAUAAAAGUGAACAAAACGAGAACGAUAAAUAUACAAUUAAUGUAUUACAUUAUUAUGAUGAUGAGCUUUUCAAACAAUUUGCCGUUUCGGAAAAAACUCGUGACACAGUCAAAGCGAUGAGAAAAGAAAUUAAUAAAAUUUUAAAACUAAAUAAAAACUUAGAAAAUCUUUCUGAAAGCAGUAAUGAAGUUUCUGUGGAAAAAAUGGACCAAAUUGUUUUGACUUGUUUUUUAAAAGCAUUAAAAAAAUUUGUCAAAGAAGAUAUGUUGCCUCUUCUAGCUAGUGAAUUUUAUAGAAAAUAUGUAAUUCCAUUAGACCCGGAAGGUAUAAAAAUAGAUUUUAAGAAGACCUCUUAUAAGAAACUAUCUAAUUUUCUUCAAUUGCUUGAAGAAAAAGGUUUUAUAAAAUGUACUAAAGACAUAGUAAUUGAUAUCAAUUACAACUCAAUACUUAAAGAAAUAGACUUGCAGCAUGAUCUAGAAAUUAAUGAUUUGCCAGAAGACAAAGAAACCACUAAUGAGGACAAUUUGUGUUUUCUUCCUAAUCAAAACGAAAUAACAUGUUCAAUUCCUGACAUGGAAAUAGCAUACGAUAACGACACUACAAUAGAUAUUGCACUUCAUUUUAUAAAAAACGAUAAAAAGAUUACAUUAGUAAGCAGUUUAGAAGUGUACGGUGUGAAUAUUGGAAAGUUUAAAGAAAAAUGUCAGGACUGUGUUGCUGCAAGUAUUACAAUUAAUAAUUUUCCAAGUAAAGAAAAUCGACAAGUUCAAAUACAAGGGUGUCAUGUAUUGUUUGUUUUUAAAUUAUUAACAGAACAUUAUAAAAUUCCUACCAAAUAUGUGCGAGGUCACGAAGGUUACAUUAGAUGCGCAACACUAGUUGUGCUGAAAUUACCAUAUCAUUUUAAUGAAUACGAUUUAAAUAAUAUUUUGGACAAUUUGGCAAUCUUCUCAUAGUAGAAGUCAAAAGAGAUGAAUGUGGUCAAUCGAAAGGAGUUGGUUUUAUACGGAAUUCUAAUUUAGAAUCACAAGUUAACGUGUUGACAAAAAUACACAAAAUUAAUAAUCGGAAUUGUUUUGUAAAAGUUCAAAGUAAAUCAAAAGCGCUUAAGAACCUUGAACCUUUUUGUAAUGUCUAUAUGGGUGGCCUAACUGAAGAUUUAUUGGCUGAUGAUGUUCGUAAGUAUUUUAGUAGGUUUGGAGAAGUUAAUACCAUCUGGAUUCCUUCCAACCCAUUUCGAGGAUUUGCAUUUGUGUCAUUUUUGGACCCUGAAGUUGCUGCUAGCUUAUGUGGAGACAUUUUUCAUUUAAAAGGGGUUUAUGUUAGAGUUUCUGAAUGUAUAUCAAAACAUCAAAAACCUGGGAAUCUUCAGUAAACUAUCGAAUCACAAGAUAUGGAUAAAGUGAACGAUGUUGUUUAAUAUUUAACCAAAUUUACAUGAAUUCAUUUAGUAGGUAAUAAGU